UUUGGCUAUCAUCCUAUCAACCACUGAUAGUUGGUUGGCUUUUCGCCCUACUUGUACACUUUCUCAAAUGAAACCAUCAAAACCUGAAGUUUUUUUAUUUCCUCAUUGCAGUGUGAAUCAAGAGUAACGGAGGGACAUGCACAUUACGUGACAUUCCUUUUCAGAGCACCGAGAAAACCGUUGAUUUAUUGGGAAAAUGAAGUCUCUUAUUGCCGGAUUACUUGUUUUCGUCGGAUGUUGUUCAAAUGUUUUUUUCCUUGAGCUCUUAAUCAAGGAAGAUCCUGGAUCUGGAAAUCUAAUAACAUUUGCUCAGUUUUUGGUGAUUGCAGUGGAGGGAUUUAUCACAACAAUGAGAUUUGGAACAAAAAAAACCCAAGUUCCAUUUACGGAAUAUCUUAAAAUGGUGUUGAUGUUUUUUGUUGUAUCCGUGACAAAUAAUUAUGCACUGAGUUUUAAUAUUGCUCUUCCUUUACAUAUGAUCUUUCGGGCUGGAUCCCUUUUGGCCAACAUGGUUUUAGGUAUUUUAAUCCUGAAAAAACGUUACUCAACCAUGAAAUAUUUGUCAGUUUUCAUGAUCAGUGUAGGGAUUUGUGUUUGCACUAUAGCUUCUGCCAAAGAACUGAGCCACAGUGAUUCUGAAAACCAGAUCACUUCAUUAGGAGACUUUGUUUGGUGGAUUGUAGGAAUAUCUUUGUUGACGUUUGCCCUUUUCAUGUCAGCCAGAAUGGGUAUAAUGCAAGAAGUAAUGUAUUCAAAAUUCGGAAAACACCCGCGCGAAGCACUUUUUUUUACGCAUGCCCUUCCGUUGCCUGGAUUUUUACUAUUGUUCACUGAUAUUUCUAAGCAUGUCGGGGUUGCAAACAUGAGCGCACCCCUUGAUUCUACCGUUUUGAGUGUAAUUCCUCUUCUGAAUGUCCUGCCAAGGAUGUGGAUAUACCUGUUGGGAAAUGUUCUGACACAAUCCGUCUGCAUCAAUGCUGUUUUCGUCCUUACUACGGAGUGUUCAUCUCUUGCCGUUACGUUAAUCGUUACCUUGAGAAAAUUUGUAUCAUUGCUUUUCAGCAUUUGGUACUUUCAAAACCCAUUCACAUUACUUCAUUGGUUCGGCACUGUUUUGGUUUUUGGCGGAACGUUGACGUUUUCUGAAAUCAUCCCUGGUUUGAUGCGUCAAUCCAAGUCCAAACCCAAAUCAAAAGUCAAUUAACCUAGUGCAACGUGU